AUGAGAUGGGGUGUUGAGGGCUCUGGCACUUACACUUUAAUGGUUUGGAAAUGGUACCGCCUCUCUCGCGCUCAGGGGCGGAUGAGUCCCCCUGCCGAUGAUUCGACAGUGCACACAGUCAUUCAUUUAUGCAACAACUUGAAGCCCGAAAAUCUUCAAAGAUGGGAACCAGUCCCAUUUCCUAGCCCAAUGCACUCGAGUCUGGAUUGGAUAUACACUGUCGAUAUUGAUGCUGGUACUUUGACAAUCUCAUCAAUGAGUGAGUGGCGCGGAUUAUUGGCACCUUCACCUUCAUUACCGCUGGAUCUCGCCGAGAUCUACGAGACAUAUAGCAUAGAUGGUUGGACGGUGCGGAAACCUCGAUAUAUGUUCGGUGAAGAUAUCCGUGAGAGCAAUGAGGCACAAGCAAAGCAAUUUGAGACAUUUGAAAUGGACCUUGGUAUCCCUUCACCCAUGAACGAGCUACAGGGGCGAUUCUUUACCGACCUUGUCUUUGUCUGGCGCUUUUGGAUCGAUGACCCUUCAACAUGGAGGUAUAAUUCUCCUGUAUUCAGGGUAUUAUGUGCUGCUUUCCUACGUCUUGCUGCCUGGGAUUUCGAAGUGUCUUUUGAUUCAAGGUGCAGCGAAGUUGAGCUUCCAAUCGAUGCUACGUCGAUUCCCCUUUGGAGUUACCCUGAUACAGAUAUCUAUUGGUUUCAUGGAUACCUUGUUGUUUUACAGGAGAAUCUUCAAUCCGAUGCUAUGAUAAACAAAGCUAUCUCAAAAGCCAAGUCAUAUAUUGGCACCUUGGACACUCGGCCUAGGCAUGGCAAAACUCGCUUAAUUUGCAUCUCAUUACGUCAGGUCGUUUUUGUGGAGCUUUCUCAGGAGGCUGCUCUAGCCUCCAAGAGCCUAGUAUUGCUUUCCAGUUCCUCAGCAACCCAAUGCUCACCUGGAUUCCGUGCUCUAGCCCGGGUUCUAACGUCAAACUGCUGGAAGCCUCACGCCUACAGGGAGAAGUGGCCUGUCAAUAUGCCACCUGAGAUUAUUGAGAUGAUUUUUUCUAAAAUGGAACCAGGAGAUGCUGUAGCAUUUUCGCAGGCAUUCUCCGUUGCUGAGCAAUGCUACUACGCUUCAGAAUUCCAGUUCAAGAACAUUGACAGACGCAUGGAAUUUGCUGUUCUGAAUGCUAUUCUUGGCAACACUUGGAAUGUCUCGGCCUAG